AUGACGAUUCAGCACUUCGCGUACAGCACGUCCCCGAACAAGGACAUUGGCGUCCUCGUGGCCACCACCUUCGCGCCGCUGACGCUCCGCGGCUGCUCCGUGGAGGCGGAGGUGCGGGGGAACUGCGCGCGGGUGAACGUGCGCUACGAGUACGACAACCAUACCGGCAAGGACCAGCGCGUGAUCGCCGCCUACCCGCUGCCCGUUGCGUGGGACCUCAUGAGCUGCCGCGCCGACUACUUUGGCGACUCCGUGCUGACGGAGUACGCCGGGACGGUGCCGCUGCGCUCCUCCGCCGAGGCCGGCGCCGCGGGGCUGCCAGGGCCGAAGUCCGACCACACCGUCUGGACGGUUGCCUCGCAGCAGCUGCCGUGGGUCGUCGGGAUCGGCUCGACCGUCCUCGUCGCCGCGACGUACCACGUGCCGCUCGACGCGACGCGGUGGCACGGCGUGGUGCGCAUCCACCUCCCGGCCGAGCUGUUCCCCGAGACCAAGGCGCCGCCGCCGACCACGCUCGAGUACGCCGCGCUGUUCGACAUGCGGGUGCCGGCGAAGCUCCCGCGCGGUUGGAGCAUUCACGCCAAGUGUGACAUGUUUGUGCCGCUGGCCGGCGCCGUGCGGGUGCGGCCGGUGGAAAAGGAGCCGCAGGCGCAGGUGGAGUACAUCGGCGACAGCGGCUUCACCCUGAACUACGCCGCCCCGCUUACAACCCGGAUGCGGGACGGGUUUGAGGUGGAGUACGCCGUGCAGGGCACCGCGGAGCCGCUGCGCUUCUUUCUCGCCAAGGACGUCGGUGCCCGCGUGCAGGACGUGGACCGCUAUGCCCUCACCCUGCUCUUCACGCCGCAGCUUGAGGGGCGGCAGGGGUGCGUCACAAACGCCGAGUUGGUGCUGGUCGUGGAUGCACACAGCCACCCCUCCUGUGAGGCGAUGGCGCACGGUCUUUUGGUCGGUCUGCGCGGGUUGCCCGACUCGGUGUUUCUCAACCUGGUGGUGGUGGGCGCCGCAAGGGACGUUUGCCCCUGGCAGCGCGGUGCCGUGCCGCUGCGGGAGGUGCAGUUUGACCAACUCGCCGCCUUCGUCGCGGGGGCGAAGCCGCAGGAGGCCAAGACGGGCGCCUCCCACCUGCACCGCACCCUCCGUGAGGUGAUGGCGCAGGAGCCCCUUUCGCUCUGCGGCCCCGUCCCGGUGGGGUACGUGCGCCACGUGAUUGUCCUCUCCGACGAGGGCGACUCGCAGUACGCGACGGAGAUCAUCGAGGCGGCGACGCGCCACCGGCGCAACAUGUGCUUCAGCGCCGUGGGUCUUCUCUCCGCGGGGACGCUGGACGCGCCGCCGCUGCGGCUGCUUGCGGAGGAGGGCGGGGGCCUCUACCGCGACGCCGCCGACGCAGCGGAGCUUCCGGAGGCGCUCGUGGAGAUUUUGUCCCACUUGGCCGUCCCGACCCUCACGGACAUCGCCAUGCGCUUCGAAGAGCCCGAGGUGCGGCUGUCGGCCGGCAAGACGCUGCCCGCGGUGGCGCAGGGGACGCAACGCUUCGUGCACGGCCUCGCCCCCGCCUCCCUCGAGACGCUGGGCGUCUGCGCGACCGGCCGCGUCGGCGCCACCGUCGUAGAGUACGUGGGGAAGGGCAACGUGCAGGACCUCAUCUUCACCUCCGAGGCGGAGCCGCGCAACGCCCUCUCCAUCGGCCUCUUCCACCUCGCCGCCGCCGCCGCGCGAGAGCGCCACCUCGUCGACGCCCGCGAGCUCUCGGCGCUGACGCAGGCGGAGAUGGAGGAGGUCGCCCGGCUCUCCGCGACGUUUCUGCUGCCGUCGCCGUACACGGAGAUGGUGCAGCUGCGGCCCGCCGCCUCCGCCGCAGCCGCCGCACAGGCGCAGUCACCUCGCAGCGCUGUAGCUGUGCGGUACGUGCCACGCAGCUGGACCUACGCGCGGAAAAUGCGGCAGUACCGGCGCCAGCGACUCGCGGACGGCCUGAUCGACGGCCGCCCGACGCCGCUGCGGAGGGCCGCGCAGCAGCAGCAGCAGCUGGGGGUGUCGCAGGCGUCCGGUGCGAGUGCCGCACUUGCGCCGCCGCCUACGUCUAGAGACUUUAUUCGCGCCAUCGUCGCUGGGGUGGCGGAGGCCGUCAUCGCCGGGCCGAGUCUCGAGCGGCUCACCGCGCUACAGGCCAUCGAUGGCUCCUUCCCGCUGAACUCCCUCCUUGGCAUCAGCGUUGGGGUGUCGCUCGACCGGCUGGAGCGCGAGUUCUCGCUGGCGGGCUUCGGCGUCAGCGAGGACCUCACCGCCGGCAUGGAGUACUUGCGGAGCCACGAGCGGUUUUGGGCCACCGCGAUAGCCGCCGCGGCCAUGGAGCUGCGCCCCUUCGCCACCACAGCCGUGGCGUACCGGAGUGCGCUAUCGUUCCUGAGCUCCAAAGACGCCAAGGGGGAGCUGCUGCGUCACGCGCGGGAGGUCAUUAAGCGGCCGCCCUCUCUGCACGCAUGA